AUGCACCAUCUCUCGCACCGACGUCUUCGCCUUUUUCAGCAUUUCAGUAUUCACCAAAACAAGUACGGAGUUCGCGCUUCGUUCAUCGGCGGCUGGGUGUUCAAGGAAAGAGCAGUAUGGUGA